GGACGCGUAUAAAAUAUUACACUACACAAAAUCGGACACUCUCAAUAUCUAACACGAUUUAAAACGAAACAAACAUGUCCGGAUAUCCACAGAACAACCCAUCGGGUUACAACUACGGAGCUCCACCACCGGCCCAGCCCUACUCCGCCGCUCCGUACGGCGCACCAGCCCAGCCAAACCCACAGGCUCCUUAUGGCGCACAGCCAGCACCGUACGGUCAGCCACAGCACGAUCCCAACAAACCAGCGAAAAAUCAGCACAGCCAGCCCUCGGCUCCGUACGGUGCACCCGCGCCAGGAUCGGCUCCAUACGGUGGACCUGCACCCGCGGCUCCGUAUGCGCAGCCGCAGCCUGGCUAUCCGGCUCCCGGCGCGGCGUAUGGCAGCCCGUUCGCGUCGCUGGUGCCGUCGAAUUUCCCGCCCGGCACGGAUCCCAAUGUGAUAUCCACGUUCCAGAUGGCUGAUAGGGAUGGAAGUGGGUUUAUUGAUGAUUUGGAGCUCCAGAAGGCGUUAACUACUUAUAGAGAGAGCUUUAGCUUGAGGACUGUGCAUCUUCUCAUGUACCUCUUCACCAAUUCCAACACUCGCAAAAUCGGGCCGAAGGAGUUCACCUCUGUGUAUUACAGUCUUCAGAGCUGGAGGGCUAUCUUUGAGAAGAAUGACAGGGAUCACAGUGGUAAAAUUGAUGCUUCUGAGUUGAGGGAGGCGCUUAUGAGCCUUGGAUUUGUGGUGUCGCCUGUGGUUCUGGACUUGCUGGUGUCCAAGUUUGACAAGACUGGUGGAAGGAACAAGGCUAUUGAAUAUGACAACUUCAUCGAGUGCUGCCUCACUGUGAAGGGACUUACCGAGAAAUUCAAGGAGAAAGACACUGCAUACAUGGGAUCGGCUACGUUCACUUAUGAAGCUUUCAUGCUCACUGUUCUACCAUUCCUCAUUGCUUAGGAAGUUAUGUAACACGUUUUCUUGUUGGUCUGGUAUGAGUUGAUAUGUUUUUAGUGGUUGAAUAGUACUACUACGUUUUGUAAUAAUCUUUUGGAUGAAAUGCUUACGGAACCACUUUAGCAGCUGCAGUUUGUUAUUAUCCCAAUGUACUUAUCCUCUAAUUUGAAGCGUGCAUUAUGCUAUUGAUAUGCAUGAAUAGUCUAUUCACUAUUCUUCA